AUGAGACUCUUAGAGAAAAUUAAAAUAAACUCACAACAGAGAUGGAUGGUAUGUUAUAAACUUGGUGGAAAGUAUGAAUGUUCUACGUUAAACCUCAAUAAUAUUGGAACAUUACUACAUCAGCUCUUGAAGGAGAACUUUAUAUCAGAGAUAGAAGCAAAUGCUGCAGGUAUUGUUGAAAUGCACUAUGACUUCUUCUUGACAAACAUAAAGAAUCUUACUGAAAUAAAGAUGUAUGAUUUAACAGAAUAUGAAGGCUUAACGAUGUCAGAUGUAAAGAAAGGCAAACCAAAAAAGAGACCAUAUAGAGAUGAAAGCACACUGACAAAUGACCAGAAAGCCAUUUUGGAAGCUCUUAAGCAAACAGGAAACCCAGCACUUAUAGAAAGCUUUUGGAAAGAUAAUGGUGAAAAGAAGUUUUAUAAGAAGAGAAGCGGUCAGUUCUGGAAGUAUCUUUGCACAUUACCUAUAAAUCUUGAGCGCUACCAAAUCUUCAAUGAAUUGAACAAAAGAACUGCAGCACUUAUGACAGAAGACAAUUGUUUCGUUUAUGCUUGCAUUCAGGCUGGAGUAGAUGGAGAGACUAUUGACCACAUGAGAGAAGUCAUUCGUGUUAGAGACUUUCCUCAAAGUAAAGUACAAGAAAUUUCUGACGCAACAGGUAUAGCAUUUAAUGUUACCAUAGUUAGUAAACAUAUCAAGGGUACGGCGGCACUGCGUUCCACCUUACCCAUUAUAUGUGAAUUUGACACUUUACAAAACCGUUAA